AUGUCCCCACAUUUUUCUCGACUCCAUUCCGAAACCCCUGUGACACUCCCUGACGCCCGUACCAUUUUUAAAGUUACCACUCCUAACGUCAAAUACGCUGAUACACAUAUUAUUUCUGAUUAUGUGUAUCAUAAUGCAAUCGUAUCUAAGAGUAAUGAGGGCACCUUUGAAGUUUUGCCCACUGAAACCAAAUACCAGUUUAAGACUGAAUUGAAAGUCCCAAAAGUUGGAUUGAUGAUGGUUGGCUGGGGCGGUAAUAAUGGUUCUACCUUGACCGCUAGUAUUGUUGCUAACCGUAAGAACAUCUCUUGGCGUACCAAGGAAGGAAUUAAAUCUCCAAAUUAUUUUGGAUCUGUUGUUCAAGCUUCAACACUCAAACUCGGUGUUGAUGCUAAAGGAAAUGAUGUUUACAUUCCCUUUAACCAAAUUUUGCCCAUGGUUCAUCCCAAUGAUCUGGUCCUUGGUGGUUGGGAUAUUAACUCUUUUAAUCUUGCUCAAGCUAUGGAGCGUGCUCAAGUUCUUGACUAUGAUCUCCAACGUCAAGUUGCUCCAAUGCUUCAAGAUUUGACUCCUCUUCCUUCCAUUUAUUACCCUGAUUUUAUUGCUGCUAAUCAACGUGAUCGAGCAGAUAAUCUUAUCCCUGGUGAUAAUAAGAAAAAUCACUUGGAACACAUUCGUGAUGAUAUCCGCCAGUUUAAAGCUGCUAAUCAGCUCGAUAAAGUGAUCGUCGUCUGGACUGCUAACACUGAACGAUAUUCCGAAAUUAUUCCAGGUGUUAAUGAUACCGCUGAUAAUAUUCUCAAAGCUGUUGAACAAAAUCAUCCAGAAAUUGCUCCUUCCACUAUUUUUGCAUUAGCUUGUAUUCUUGAAAAAACCCCGUUCAUUAAUGGUUCGCCCCAAAAUACUUUUGUUCCUGGCUGUAUCGAACUUGCUGAACGUGAACACGUUUACAUUGGUGGUGAUGAUUUUAAGUCUGGUCAGACAAAGGUUAAAUCCGUAUUGGUGGACUUUUUGGUUAGCGCUGGCAUUAAACCAAUUGGUAUUACCUCUUAUAACCAUCUUGGUAACAAUGAUGUUGUCGUUAUUAAAUAUGUACCUGCAGUAGGGGAUUCUAAGCGUGCCUUGGAUGAAUAUGUUUCGGAAAUAUUCAUGGGUGGUAAGAAUACUAUUUCGUUGUAUAAUACGUGUGAGGAUUCUCUUUUGGCCUCACCCCUUAUCUUGGAUUUGGCUAUCAUUACCGAAUUGAUGACUCGUAUUGAGUAUCGUGCUGAAGGAAUGGCAGAAUUCGUACCUUUUGAUUCUGUUUUGUCUAUUUUAAGUUUCAUGUUGAAAGCUCCAUUGGUUCCACUUGGCACUCCUGUUGUUAAUGCAUUAAGCAAGCAACGUAUGGCAAUGGAAAACUUUUUCCGUGCUUGUGUUGGAUUGGCUCCUCAAAACGAAAUGCUUUUAGAACAUAAAGCACCA